GGGCUCCUAACUGACCCAUCAACACAUACUGGUUCUGCACAACCUCUUGACCUUCAGGCGUGACACUGGGACACCAGCUCUGUAGAUCUAAGACUUACCAGCCUCAACACCCAUGACCAACAUGGAGACGCCAUCCCAGAGUAAGCUGUCCAGACUGCCAGACAACACAGCGAUGACGCAGCAGCAGCUGCCUGCCUGCCAGCUCUACUUCUCAGCCACGAUGGUCUUCUCCAUCUUUUUUGCCUCAGGACUAUUCUGCCUUUCCAUGGGCAUCUUGCUUAUAUUGUCUGCAAAGAACAUCCAGAAAAUAGAGAUUAAUUACACAAAAACAUGUGGAAAUUGUGCAGAACUGCGGGAAGAUGCCCUUAAUUAUGACAAAAAAUGUACCUGCUCUAUUCCCUUUCACCUUGCAGAGAAAAUGCAGGGCAAUGUUUAUAUGUACUAUAAGUUGCAUGGCUUCUAUCAGAAUCUCCAGAGAUAUAGUUUAUCCAGAAGUAAUAGUCAACUCGUAGGCAAGGAUUUGAAGGAUGUUGAAGACUGUGCACCAUUCAAAAUGUCCAAUGAUGGAACCCCUUUUGCUCCCUGUGGUGCUAUUGCCAACAGCAUGUUCAAUGACACUAUAACUCUUAUAUAUGAACUUAAUUCAGCUAUACAAAUCCAAGUCCCAAUGUUAAAGAGUGGGAUUACAUGGUGGACAGAUAAAUAUGUCAAAUUUGGGAAUCCAGCUAAUGCUAAUCUUUCUGACCAUUUUGCAGGAACCACAAAGCCCCCUUACUGGUCCAAGCCCAUUUACGAACUGGAUCCAGAGGAUCCAGAAAAUAAUGGCUUCCUCAAUGAAGACUUCAUUGUGUGGAUGCGGACAGCUGCCUUUCCCACUUUCAAAAAACUAUACCGUAGGCUCAAUCGGAUACAGCAUUUCCUUGAAGGCUUACCUGCUGGUAAUUACAGUUUCAACAUAGAAUACAACUUUCCAGUAACGAAGUUCCAAGGAGAGAAAUCAGUUGUCCUCUCCACCCUGACAUGGUGUGGAGGCAGUGGCCUGUUUUUAGGUCUGGCUUACACAAUUACAGGUACCAUGGCAUGGCUGUCCUCCUUUGUCAUGAUAGCAAUUCACUACAUGCUGAGAAAAAGGAGGGCAUCCAUUUUCUAUCGAUAGAGCUAAGCUUUAAAAGCAGACAGCAGAAAUGGACAGUAAAGUUUCACAUCCAAAGAUGCAACUGACUGGGAUAUUGCAGCAAGUACACAACAAGCCUGACUGAAAUGAAUGGCAAUCCCAGCUAGAUAAGUAAUGAGAAUGCCAGAGUUAAGAAAAAGAAGAAGAGCAGGAGAUAUAAUUAUGUAUAGUAUGGAAUGGGGAUAAUAAACUGUCUUUGAGUCCUGA